CCUCUCUGUGGCGCCGGUGACGCGUCAGUCCGCUGUGAAAGAUGGCUGCGGUGGAGCGGGUUCAGGUCAGGGAAGGCUUCCGGAUAGUUGUCCUGUGCGUGUGCUGGUACACCGUCAGCUCGGGCGGCAACGUCAUCAACAAAAUCAUCCUCAAUGGCUUCCCUUACCCGGUCACGGUGUCUCUCUUUCAUAUAUUCUCCAUUGUCGUGUUCCUGCCGCCCUUGCUGCGGGCAUGGGGAGUCCCCAAAACAGAACUACCGAGAAGGUACUACUGCUGGUCCAUUCUUCCUUUGGCUUUCGGGAAAUACUUUGCGUCGGUGUCGGCCCACUUCAGCAUAUGGAAAGUGCCGGUUUCCUACGCGCACACCGUCAAAGCCACGAUGCCAAUAUGGGUUGUGCUCUUGUCAAGAAUCAUCAUGAGGGAGAAGCAGACCACCAAGGUGUACAUAUCUCUGAUCCCCAUCAUUGGCGGAGUGCUGCUGGCCACAGCGACGGAGCUGUCCUUUGACGUUUCGGGUCUCAUCAGUGCUCUGGCUGCCACGCUCUGCUUCUCCCUACAGAAUAUAUUCUCCAAAAAGGUGUUGCGUGACACUCGAAUCCACCACCUGCGGUUGCUCAACAUAUUGGGCUUCAAUGCAGUAAUAUUCAUGCUGCCCACCUGGGUGCUGGUGGACCUCUCUGUCUUUCUUGUCAAUGACGAUCUGUGGGACAUGUCGGGGUGGACCAGAACUGUCGUCCUCCUGCUCAUCAGUGGCUUUUGCAACUUCGCUCAGAACGUCAUCGCCUUCAGCGUGCUUAAUCUGGUCAGCCCGCUCAGCUACGCCGUGGCAAAUGCUACCAAGAGGAUUAUGGUUAUCAGCAUCUCACUGUUUAUGCUGCGUAACCCCGUGUCACUUACCAAUGUGAUGGGCAUGAUGACGGCCAUAGUUGGGGUCUUCCUCUACAACAAGGCCAAGUAUGAUGCUCACCAAGACAAGAAACUGCUGCCGAGCAACAAACAGGACCUGAUGUCCUUUGACAACCCAGCAUUACAGAAGCUUCAGGCCAACGGGUCAGUGCCUUUCUCCCAUGGUUCAAAGCAGCAGCAGCAGCACAGUUGGAACAACGUGCUCACCGACCACUUCCAGUACAGUCGCCAGACCUACACGUCAAACUACAACAGCAACCACCAAUAUGUGGUGUAAAAGAUGAUAGACAUGAUUUUGUGUGUGUGUGUGCGUGUGCGUGUGUUUGUGUGGUACUCACCAUCCCAGCUGCAAUGGUCUGCUCUAAACAUGAGACUCAGGCCCAGCGCAGACAGAAAAAGCAAGACGGCGCUGUCAUGAGAGGGUCAGCGACCUCUCCCAUGCCCCUUAAUGUCCAAACCUCGCAGCGUGAUCCCGUCCAUCACACACAAUGCUCAUUUCAUCUACAGAUGGUGAGUGAUGGAUAAAACCAAUUGUUUUUUUAAUGUUUUUUUUGUUUACUUUCAAAGGGAGUGAUGUCAACUGCGACUUCACGCCGACAGUCUGUCAUGUUACAUCUGGUAACAAGCGGAACGCCUUAAUGUUUGGAUUUUAGGCUUGUACUAUUCUUCGCCAAGCUUGUGUCAUGGUGGCCGGGAGGGUUGAGCUGCUGAAAGCAUAGUUUAUAAAAGAAGAAAACACGUCAGCACACACACACAGGAAGCAUUCAUAUCCCAUCAGACUUUGAAUUACAAAAAGGUGUGAGACAAGUUCUGAUACGCGGAACAGUCAGUGACCACUACUAUUUUCUUACAGCGCAGAAAAUAAAUGAAAUACUGAAAGUUUACGAAACAAAAAUGUGCUUGUAAAAUAUCCAGUUUUUUAAAUUGUUCAAACUUUGUGUAGGAGGUUUAGAAUCAUGCCACCCAUUGUCUAUUUUGAUAUGGAUCCCUGGUAUUUAUUUAUCAGGCGGAGUGGGACAUCCUCUCUCCUGUCCAGGCCAAGUGUCAACCCUGAACCAAAGCUCCUCUGUUAUAUUUAGCCUGUCUUGAGUUUGCACAUAAUUUAAAAAAACCAAGUUGUAUAAGAGUGUAGGUAGUGACGAACACCACUUACAGUACAUACUGUACCACACGUGACAUAUCUUGUCAUAGAACCAGCGCUUCAUUUUGUGCAAUAAUCCAUUGAACUGCCAACCGAGAUGGAUUAUGGAUUAGAUUGCCAUUGAUUGCUGUGUCGCUAUAUGGGUUAUUUAUUCGGGAUGGACACUGAAGAUUUUGAUGCAGCAAUUUAAAGUAUGGGAGUUGUUCUACUGUUUUUUUUUUUUCAAUAUUUGCUAAUUGUUUAGUGUUGCGGGGGAAAUAAAACACUUCCACAAGGAACUCACAUACACACAAAGUGUGUGGUUAAAUAUCUUUAAAUCAAUCCAUUCUUCAAAUAGCAUAUUUUUAUAUGUCAAUUAAAGUUAUUUUAUGCCUCAUAUCAUCCCCUUCUAAAAAUGUAAAUCUGCUCCUUUUCCCUCAUGAAAGAUAAUGUUACAUCAAAAGGCAGAUUGACACCGUGCACUUAAGCAAUGUGAAAAGUUCCGUCAUUACAAUUACAUUGGUGCAACAAUUGCACUUUUUACAUCCCACAUCUUUUUGGUAUAAUGCAGCUUUUCACGUUUUGUUUUUGUGAAAUAUAGAAACCACGGCAAACUAUAACCACAAUAAUUAAGAAGAAUACCUCAUGCAGAAUGUUUUGAUACUGCAUCUCAUUGGUGAGUACAGUAUCAAUUAACAAAACUGUCCCACAUUAGGUUUAAUCAAGACAUCCUAAAACCAAUCUUUUGAUAAUGAUUACAUGUAUUUAAUCAUGCUUAUGUUAUUACUCACCAUCAGUCAAUAGAAUAUAACGUAAAAGACAGGACAUGUUGACUCUUAAAACAUCUCUUAUUAAUGAUCCAAUCAUGCAUUAAUUGUGGUCUUGGGUGGUUUUACACAAAACGUUAGGAAUAUUCGGUUUUCAGGUUCGACUUCGGGAUGAACCUAAAAUGCACUUUGCUUUGUAACUUGUCACUCCAUUAAAACUAAUUUUGAAGUAAAAAAAAAAAAUGCAAUUGUUAGCACUUUAUAAUAAGUACACAGUCACACUAUUAAGCAUUAGUAAAUACUGACUUCAAUAAUUUUACCAAGCAUAUUUCCGACAUUAGUAUGCAAUUUAUAAACAGUCAUAAAUGUUUUACUCAUACUGUAUUAAUAAGCUCAGCUAUAGAAGAAAAACUUAAUGGUUGUAUUUUUACUCCUUAUAGAUGAUUGAUUCAGCAUUUUAACAUUAUGUUUAGGUAUUGUCAAUAGUUUGUUUGAUCAUUUAAAAAGUGUAGAUAAAUAAGACUUAAUAAUCUCUAGACAUGAUAUAUACAUGCACUUACAGCAUUGAGACAUUUACUGAUGGUUAUAUUUAUAACUGUUUUUAAAAAGUGUACUAAAUAGUAAGAAUGUAUUCAUCAAAAACAGCUUUACUAGUGUUAAAUAGUGUGUACUUAUUAUAAAAGGUUACAGUAAUUCUUGUGACCCAACUUAGAAAUGACUUGAUCUAAGAGGUGUGUUUGUUAUCUCGAUUAGAAAGAAAUGGAAGCUUGUCAGGUUAAGUUGGCAAGAUUGCAUCCAUUCUCACUUCCUCAUAUCAUGUUUUGUUAGGUGCUCAUGUUGCCAAAAGCAAAGUGCACCACAAGGUGGAGGCCUUGCCUUGGAGUUGAUGAAAUGACUUUCUGAUUGUCAAGCUGCUUAUUUGAGUCUUGUGGACACUUCGAGAGAGCUUACUCAAUUUAAAACUAUCCGCUUUUAUUUUGAUCACUGGGAUGUAUAGUACAUGUCAAUAAGGAAGCAGGUGGUUUCUUUGUAAAACUUGUAUGCUUAUUAUUUUUCUGUGUCUUUCAGAGUUUAUACUCAACUAAUGUUUAUAGAUUUUUAUUUAUGGUUGUCUCGGUACAAAACAUUGUAACAACGGUGCUGCUACGGGCAGUUGUGUCGCUGAUUAUGAUUUAGAAAAGGCUAUUUUUAAAUGUGGAAAAAUAAAUAGAAUACUGAACUGA